AUGGAGAUACCUUCGGGAUAUGGUAGAGAUGUUGCUGCCAACACUGUUUGCAAGUUGAAAAAGGCAUUAUAUGGGCUAAAACAGUCCCCCCGUGCAUGGUUUGGUAGGUUUACUAAAGUUAUGAUAGGUUUGGGUUACAAACAAAGACAAGGGGACCACACUUUGUUCUUUAAACAUUCCAAGUCAGGGGGAGUAACAAUGUUAUUGGUGUAUGUGGAUGACAUAAUAUUAACUGGAGAUGAUAAAGAAGAGCAGCAAUUGUUGAGCCAAUGCUUGGGCAAGGAAUUUGAGAUCAAGAUCUUGGGAAAACUGAAAUAUUUUUUGGGAAUUGAAGUUGCCCACUCCAAGAAAGGGAUAUUUAUAUCCCAGCAGAAAUAUAUCACUGAUUUGCUCAAGAAAACUAGCAAGACAGCUUGCAAACCUGCUAGUACCCCAUUAGAACCAAACCUAAAGCUUGGAAAUGUAAAAGAUGUUGCUGUUGACAAAGAGAUGUACCAGGGAUUAGUGCGCAGACUUAAAUAUUUGUCUCAUACCAAGCCAGAUAUUGCCUAUGCAGUGUGUUUAAUUAGCCAAUUUAUGCAUAGCCCAAAGGAGACCCAUUUACAAGCUGCCCACAGAAUUUUACAGUACCUUAAAGGAACUCCAGGAAGAAGAAUUCUAUUCAAAAGGAAUGGUAAUGUGAAGCUUGAAGCCUAUACAGAUGCUGAUUAUGCAGGGUCAAUUGUGGAUAGGAGGUCAACUAUAGGAUAUUGCACCUUUCUUGGAGGAAAUCUUGUAACUUGGAGAAGCAAAAAACAGGGUGUAGUGGCUCGGUCCAGUGCUGAAGCGGAAUUCAAAGCCAUGGCACAAGGCAUAUGUGAGUUGCUAUGGCUUAAAAUCAUCUUAGAAGACUUGAGGAUAAAAUAG